AUGCUAUCGGCCACACACAGUAAUUUGAACACAGCAUCUAAUAUUCAAACAAUAAAAGAGAAACAGGCCGCUCAAAUCAUCAUUGCACAUAUUAGUUUAUUAUUAACAACUCUCAACAACAACAAUUUCGAAUCUGUGGAAAGAGAAAUUAGACAUAUUUUAGACAAAUCAUCCGUAGAUAUUUACAUAAAAGUUUGGCAGCGAUUAUUGACGUUAAGUUCUCGGGACAUAUUACAAGCGGGAAAAUUUUUACUUCAAGAAAAUUUACUGCAUAGAUUACUAUUUGAGUUUGCAAAGGAUUUACCAACGAAAAGCACAGAACUUCUUCAGCUUUUAAAACAACGAACCUUUGAAAACCAGGAGUUUUUGAAGCAAACAGGAAUUACAUUAUCACAUUUCAUUGAUCUAUUUGAUAAGUCUGCAAAUAAGGACAUUAUAGAAUCACUUGACCGUUCCUCUCAGAUUGAAAAUUUCAAAGCAAUUAAGAUGAAUCAUACAAAUUAUUUAAGGAAUUUUUUCCUCCAAACUACACCGGAAACAUUAGAGCCAAAUUUACGCGACUUAUUGCAUUCAUUGGAAGGUGAAAGCCUAAAUGACUUACUGGCCCUUUUACUAUCCGAAAUACUUUCGCCAGGGUCUCAGAGUUUACAAAACGAUCCUACAAGGAGUUGGUUGACACCUUCAAUAGUAUCAGACGCGACUAGUUGUGGUGAAGUUAUAGCAAGAUCCAUUAGUUCUGUAAAGUCGAACCAAAUAAAUUGGAAUCGCGUAUUCAAUUUAAUGUCAACAAAGUAUUUCUUAAGUGUACCAUUGAUGCCUACUACAGCUUCUUUGAGUUGCUUAUUUGCUGCAUUACACGAUGGUCCAGUUAUUGAUGAAUUUUUCAGUUGUGAUUGGAAAGUUAUUUUCAAGUUGGAUUUGGCCGUUCAAUUGAAUAAAUGGUCGGUACAGAACGGCUGUUUUGAUUUACUAAAUGUAGAAGGGACUAGAAAAGUUUCUGACUCGAUUCCGAACACAAAACAGUCCUUACUGUAUCUAUCAUCUAUUGCAUCAUUGAAUUUAGAAUUGUUCUUACAAAGGGAGGAAUUAUCUGAUAGUCCUAUGUUAGUUUACUUUCAAGAGUGCUUUUUUGAAGAUUUUAACUACGCUCCUGAAUAUCUUCUUUUGGCUCUAAUCAAAGAAAUGAAACGUUUUAUUUUGUUAAUAGAAAACAAGACAAUAAUCGAUGAGAUACUGAUUACAUUACUGGUUCAAGUUCAUAAUAAAUCACCAUCAUCAUUUAAGGACGUUAUUUCGACACUAACUGAUGAUUCCAAAAUCAUAGAAGCAGCUAAAAUAAUAAUUAAUUCUGAAGACGCCUCUAUUGCAAACUUUUUAAAAUCACUAUUAGAUGCUGGAAGGUUGGAGUCAGUAAUUAAUAAACUUUCCUUCAACGAAGCUUUUAGAAUCUUACCGUGCGCCAGACAGAUUGGUUGGGACGGGUUCGAUACUUUUCUAAAAACAAAAAUAUCACCAUCUAAUGUCGAUGUAGUACUGGAAACACUAGAAGCUCAAACAAAAAUGACUGAUGCGAACACUCAAUUCAGGUCUUUGAAAACAUUCGACUUGUUUGCUUUACGUUCUAUAAUUGAAGUACUGAACAAAUGCCCACUAGAUGUUCUCCAACUACAAAGGUUUGAAUCCUUAGAAUUUUCUUUAUUGAUUGCUUUCCCGAGACUGAUAAAUUUUGGGUUUGGGCACGAUGAGGCUAUUUUGGCCAAUGGUGACAUCACAGGAAUCAAUGGUGACAUCGAGAAGGAGAUGCAGAAUUAUUUACAGAAAAUGUAUAGCGGUGAAUUGGCCAUUAAAGAUGUCAUCGAACUUUUAAGGAAAUUAAGGGAUAGUGAUUUGCCAAGAGAUCAGGAAGUUUUUACGUGUAUUACACAUGCUGUUAUAGCAGAAUCGAGUUUUUUCCAAGAUUACCCAUUAGAUGCUUUAGCUACCACUUCUGUUCUCUUUGGAUCAAUGAUUCUUUUCCAAUUGUUACGUGGUUUCGUAUUAGACGUCGCAUUCAGGAUAAUCAUGAAAUUUGCCAAGGAGCCUCCUGAAUCUAAGAUGUUUAAGUUUGCUGUACAGGCUAUUUAUGCGUUUAGAAUACGUUUGGCCGAAUAUCCACAAUAUUGUAAGGAUUUGUUAAGAGAAGUUCCAGCGUUAAAAUCUCAGGCUCAAGUUUAUCAAUCCAUUGUGGAAGCCGCUACAUUAGCAAAUGCCCCAAAGGAAAGACCAAGACCCGUUCAGGAAAUGAUCCCAUUAAAGUUCUUUGUUGUUGAUGAGGUUUCAUGUCAAAUCAAUCAAGAUGGCGCCCCUAAAGACAUUGUAGAAAAGGUCCUUUUUGUUCUCAAUAAUGUUACACUUGCUAAUCUGAAUAAUAAGGUCGAUGAGUUGAAGAAAAAUUUAACGCCCAAUUACUUUUCUUGGUUUUCCACGUACCUAGUUACUCAAAGGGCCAAAACAGAGCCUAAUUAUCAUGAACUCUACAGCAAAGUUAUAGUUGCCAUGGGAUCAGGGUUACUACAUCAGUUUAUGGUCAACGUCACUUUGCGACAAUUGUUUGUUCUGUUAUCUGCAAAGGAUGAGCAAGCUAUCGAUAAAAGGCAUCUAAAAAACUUGGCCUCAUGGUUGGGAUGUAUAACAUUAGCUUUAAGCAAGCCAAUCAAACACAAGAAUAUUGCAUUCAGGGAAAUGUUACUCGAGGCCUAUAAGGAAAAGAGGUUGGAAAUAGUUGUCCCAUUCGUAACGAAGGUAUUACAGGGGGCUUCUGAAUCAAGAAUUUUCAAGCCACCAAAUCCAUGGACUGUUGGUAUAUUAAAGCUAUUAAUCGAAUUAAAUGAGAAAGCAAACUGGAAGUUAAGCCUGACUUUUGAAGUUGAGGUCCUAUUAAAGUCUUUCAAUUUAACCACCAAAUCUUUUAAGGCCUCAAAUUUCAUUGAUAUUCCAGAAAGUAUAGAAAAUUUAUCAGGGGCUUUAGGUUCAAUCACUUUGGAGCAACAGCAAACGGAGCAACAAAGGCAAAUUUUAUUGAUGCAACAACAUCAACAACAGAUGCUAUUAUAUCAGCAAAGGCAACAGCAGCAGCAACAAAGACAACAACAACAUCAUAUGAGUGCGAACACAAUUUCAGAUCAGCAAACGACCUUUGGCGGUGAGGGAACGGUUUCGCAUGAUAACCCUUUCAACAACUUACUCGGUUCCACUAUUUUUGUAACACAUCCCGAUUUGAAGAGGGUCUUCCAAAUGGCUCUAGCUAAGUCAGUUCGCGAAAUUUUGUUAGAAGUGGUUGAAAAAUCAUCAGGAAUUGCUGUUGUUACCACAACAAAAAUAAUUCUCAAAGACUUUGCUACUGAAGUUGAUGAGUCUAAAUUAAAAACUGCCGCAAUAAUAAUGGUAAGGCAUUUAGCACAAAGCCUGGCUCGGGCUACUUCUAUUGAACCGUUGAAAGAGGGUAUUCGUUCUACCAUGCAAUCACUAGCACCAAACUUGAUGUCUCUCUCCUCUUCUCCUGGAGAAGAACUUGACACAGCAAUAAAUGAGAAUAUUGGUAUUGCUUUGAUUCUGAUUGAAAAAGCAUCCAUGGACAAGUCUACUCAAGAUUUGGCAGACCAAUUGAUGCAGGCAAUUGCUAUUCGUCGUUAUCAUAAGGAAAGAAGGGCUGAUCAACCGUUCAUUACCCAAAAUACUAAUCCGUAUUCAUUAUCUUUGCCAGAACCUCUUGGCUUGAAGAAUGCUGGUGUUACUCCUCAACAAUUUAGAGUAUACGAAGAAUUUGGUAAGAAUAUCCCAAACUUGGAUGUUAUUCCAUUUGCUGGAUUGCCCGCUCAUGCUCCACCAAUCACUCAAAGCAUGAAUUUAUCUCAACCUCAACAGCAACAAGCGCAGUUGCCUACUCAACUCUUGACCGCCGAACAAAUAAGAGCCCAACAACAACAGCAAUUACAGAAAAAUCGGUUGAGUCAGCCAUCUCAAUCAGCUCAGCCACUGGGCGUUAAUGCCCCAAAUCAACAAGCUGGAAUUACUGCAGUUCAAUCAGACCUAGAGCAGAACCAGCGUGUUCUUGUACAUCUCAUGGAUAUUUUGGUUUCUCAAAUUAAAGAAAAUGCUGCGAAAAAUAACUUAGCUGAAUUGGGUGACCAAAACCAAAUUAAGACCAUUAUUUUCCAAAUUUUGUCAUUUAUCGCAAAGAGCGCACAAAAGGAUCAAUUAGCAUUAAAGGUCUCACAAGCUGUUGUAAAUAGUCUUUUUGCUACUAGUGAGAGUCCUCUUUGUAGAGAAGUUUUGUCCUUACUCUUGGAAAAGUUAUGUUCUUUGUCUCUCGUUGCUAGAAAGGAUGUUGUUUGGUGGUUAGUUUAUGCCUUGGAUAGCAGAAAAUUCAAUGUUCCAGUAAUCAGAUCUCUACUAGAAGUUAAUUUGAUUGAUGCUACAGAAUUAGAUAACGUUUUGGUCACUGCAAUGAAGAAUAGAAUGGAAAACUCUACUGAAUUUGCUAUGAAACUGAUCGAGAAUUCCGUGUUAUCUGAUGAUUCCAUCCUGAUGAGGAUGGACUUUAUCAAAACCCUAGAACACUUGACUUCUUUAGAGGAUGAAAACGUAAAGAAAUUUAUGAAAGAAUUCGAAGAUACUAAGAUAAUGCCGGUGAAGAAAGGUACCAAGACUAGCAGGACAGAAAAAUUUUAUUUGGUGUUUACAGAGUGGGUAAAAUUACUUCAAAGAGUUGAAAAGAACGACGUGAUUACUACCGUAUUUAUUAAGCAAUUAGUGGAGAAGGGCGUUAUAAGCGAUACUGACAACUUAAUCACAUUUGUGAAAAGCUCUCUUGAACUUUCAGUGUCUUCAUUCAAAGAAAGUGAUCCAACUGAUGAAGUGUUCAUUGCUAUCGAUGCGCUGGGAUCGUUAAUUGUUAAGCUUUUAAUUUUGCAAGAUUUCAAAGAUACUACAAGAAGAGACUAUAUCAAUGCAAUCUUUUCAGUCAUCGUUUUAGUAUUCGCCAAGGAUCACAGCCAAGAGGGUACGACGUUCAAUGAAAGACCAUAUUUCAGACUAUUCUCAAACAUCUUGUACGAGUGGGCCACCAUUAGAACACACAAUUUUGUAAGGGUAUCUGAUUCUGUAACUAGACAAGAGCUGAUUAAAUUUGACCCAGUGUUUUACAAUACCUUCUCAGAAUAUUUGCAUUCUUUACAACCAUUUGCCUUUCCUGGAUUCUCAUUCGCGUGGGUCACACUAUUAUCACACAGGAUGUUAUUACCAGUCAUGUUGAGACUACCCAAGAAGAUGGGCUGGGAAAAAUUAAUGCUUUUGAUAAUCGAUUUGUUUAACUUUUUGGAUCAGUACACAAGUAAACAUUCUGUAUCCGAUGCUGUUUCUGUUGUUUACAAAGGAACACUUCGUGUUAUAUUAGGAAUUUCCAAUGAUGUACCAUCAUUUUUGAUUGAAAAUCAUUAUGAAUUAAUGAAUAAUCUACCUCCAACGUAUUUUCAACUAAAGAAUGUCAUUCUAUCUGCUAUUCCUAAACACAUGACUGUGCCGAACCCAUACGAUGUGGAUAUAUCUAUGGAAAAUAUUCCGUCAUGUAAGGAGCUACCUGAAGUGUUCUUUGAUCCUGUGAUUGAUUUACACUCUUUAAAGAAACCAGUUGACAACUAUCUUCGUAUCCCUUCCAAUUCGUUAUUAAGAACCAUUUUAAAUUCCGUUUACAAAGAUACGUAUGACAUAAAAAAGGGCGUCGGAUAUGAAUUUUUAUCUGUUGAUAGUAAAUUAAUCCGAGCCAUCGUACUACAUGUAGGUAUUGAAGCAGGAAUAGAGUAUAAAAGAACAUCUUCAAAUGCGGUAUUCAAUACGAAAUCUUCUUAUUACACUUUAUUGUUUAACCUGAUCCAAAACGGUAGUAUUGAAAUAAAACAUCAAAUUAUACUGGCUAUUGUGGAACAAUUGAGAUAUCCAAAUAUCCACACCUAUUGGUUCAGCUUUGUAUUGAUGAACAUGUUCAAAAGCGAAGAAUGGAGUGACCAGAAGCUUGAAGUUCAGGAACUAAUUUUAAGAAACUUUCUGAAAAGAAUAAUUGUUAACAAACCUCACACGUGGGGUGUAUCUGUCUUCUUCACUCAAUUGAUUAAUAGCGAUGACAUCAACCUUUUAGAUCUACCCUUUGUACAGAAUGUUCCUGAAAUAAAGCUUAUUUUACAACAGCUAGUCAAAUAUUCGAAAAAGUACACAAAUCAUGAACAAGAUGACAAAUCCGCCACCAUCGAUAGGGGACAAACUCCCCUUCAAUCCAACGCAUAA